UUCCACGCGGGCAAUACUACGCCAUUUUCGGUUAUGCUUUAACGUCAAAUAUGGAAAAGAAAGGUUAUGGCUGCAAUAAACAUGAAAGUUUCGACGCCUUGAUGGAUUUCUAUGAAAAAGGUGCGUCAGAAUACGAUGAGGAUGUUAAAGUUCACAGAGGGUACAUCGGACACGAAACCGCGACAGAAAGGUUGGUAACAACUCUAAAACAGCUUGAGUUUCCGGAAGAUUGCAGAAUCCUUGACGUUGGUGCGGGGACCGGGCUGGUCGGAGUGGAGCUUUGUAAAAGGCAGUUUACCAACGUUGAUGCCUUAGAUGCGUCAGACGCCCUUCUCAAAGAAGCCGAAAAGAAAGGAAUCUACAAGAAUUUCUUUGUUGAUGUCCUGGGUCCUAAUCAACGGAUACAGUUGGACGACGACUGCUAUGACGUCGCUUUUGCCGUUGGCGUGUUUACUCUAAACCACGUGAAGGCGGAAGGCGCCAUGGAUGAAAUGGCACGAGUUGUCAGGCCAGGCGGAUUGGUCAGCUUCACAAUAAGAGAGGAUGUGAUGUUUGAACAAGAAUAUGGGUACGAAGCAAAAAUGGAUCAGCUGUGUCGGGAGAAAGUCUGGAAACUAGUGUCCAAGAGUGAGGAAGACUAUCACAGCAAAACCGAUAUAAGGAAAUGCUACUUUUACAUUUAUCAAGUUAUGUAGGAUUUUACUCAGACUUAACACGAUUCAGCCAAGGGCAAUUAGAGGUUUUGUUUUUUCAAUUAUUUGUUAAACUUUUCUCAGAAUCCGGGCUUAAAAUAAAGCGGACAUCAAUAGGACGAAAACUUGUAGACGCUCGUGAAGUUUUGCUAUCCGAUGGAGUCACUUUGAGUCUCCUGAUAUAAAAAUCUUUGACUAAGGUACUUCUAAAGGCGUCUUUUCCUUCAGACGAGACGAGCAAGGACAGAGAAUAUUUCCGUAGUGCCGGCUCAAACAUGGCCGCCGUGUGACAAAAUACUUUUUGUCUACAGUGCGUCACAGUAAGAUACCCAUUUUCCAUAAAUUGUCUUAGGUAAACAUAUAACCACAGGGUAAUAAGUUGAAGAAUGAAAUACUGAAAAAUCGACUUUUGAAAGGAAUGUAUAUUGAUGUCAUUGAUUUCCCAU